AUGCGUGGCCAACUCAGAGGACAGCCCAUCAACUCCUACAGACCCUUGGGAAAAGAGAAGCUUCAGCGGCCCCGCCCUCCCGCCCCGCCUCCCUGCACGAUCGUUGCCGUGGCAGCGCGGGACGAGGCCCAAGCGGUGGCUGUACCACUCUUCCUCCCCAAAGGCCCUGGGUGGGUCCCCGGUUCGGCCCAGCGCUCCGCCCCACCAUGCUCGGGGCAGACUCGGGAGCCUGGUGGGAGCCCUGGAGGAGGGGCGUCCUUCGGGGUCGCAGAGCUGCCGAGCGAGCGGGUUACGCUUCAGGGCAACUUCGAGAUGGGGAGGGCAAUCUGCGGUGUGGCGCUGGCCCUGCGGUGGCGACGCAUCCAGCCCGAGCUCCCGGCGGGUGGCUCUGAGUGUGAUGUGCUGGGCAGAGAAGAGUCCAUAGGACUUGAAGACGUGCUCUCCUCGAAGCUGAAGCGGGGCUGUCCUGUAAAGCAGCCUGGCAGAGUUACACUGCAGGGCACCACACUUUUCAUCUGCCUGAAGGAGCAAUAAAACAGAUUAAAGACCUCCACCCUUGACCUUAUUAACCCAAGUGAAUACCAUGGCAGCAUAUGGUUCAGACAGGUCAGUAGAAUUCUGGAAGGUUUUUCUAUGCAGGGGAAGGCUCUCAAGAUCCUCCUCAACCCUCAGGGUUGCAGGAAGGAAUCUGUCCAAGACUUUUACAAGAAGGUGGAGCCUCUGCUGAAGCUUGUAGGCAUAAAGACUGAUGUGACGAUAACAGAAUAUGCCCUGGCCCUACUUGCCGAAUGUGAACCCCAGGAUUUGACGGGAAGUGUUGUCUGUGUUGCUGGAGUUGGAUCUGCCAGUGAACCCGCCCACACUUUGCUCCUUAGAGCUCAGAAGAAUGCUGGGUGGAGAUGGAUUGCUCCCUGACUCCCAUGGGAGCAGUUUCCUCUUGGCUUAAUGCCAGCAGGAUCCACAACUGUGUUGGCACAUUCUCUCUGUGCUAUUGCUCACGUAGUGACUGCAACUAUGUGCGUUAUAAUGGGUCACAUGCGGUCAGCGGAUGUCUGCACCCUUAGCUCUGCUGGCAAACUGCUUCUCUUCGGGUUCUCGGCCGGGUUUGGCUUUGGUGGAAGAACUGGGGCUCGGGCAGAGAAAUGCAGAUGAGACUUUGCUGUGACCAAAGCAUUGGCCAGACUUAAAAAAGCACAGAGGUCUCAGGAAUCUGACUGUGGUGGUCAAUGGCAAACCACACAAGGGCAGUUCUUGAACAUCGGGGUCAUGGCAAUUUCCUGCCUGUGUGCAGUGGCACCCAGAGGCUUUGCACCUGACACCAGGUUAAAUAACGGAAGCAUGGCUCUAACAGCUGUACACAACACCACUCAACCAGAAUUUGUAAAGCACCUGAAAACAUACUCCCGAGUGAAGAAUCAGUUCAAUUUUCCCUUUGUGGAGACUUAUACCAUUGAAGAAGUAAAAAUUUAUUCAAGGAGUAAUAGCAAUGGAUGCAACCCACAGCAGGAACCAACUGUUUCAGAACAUGGUUUUCCUUGGAAUGUAGAUGGUGACUUAAUGGGAGCUGCAUCCACGUUAGAAGCGAGACCACAAGCCUUGGCACACAUCUUGCUCUCCAGCCACAGACCAGGGGCUGGAGGAUCAGGAGAUCUGAAGAAGGGCCAGCAGCCACUGGAGAGUUCCUCUUCACAACAGUGA